UGCCGUGGGUUCAAGUGUCGUGCAUGCUUCUGUGUUCUCUCUGUAACUCUAUUCUCUGCUUUGCACAUUUGCAUGCACAUCUUUUUCUGUCUCUAGAAACACUACUUAUUCUGCUCAAGCCGUUUAGUCUUCUUCAGGAAUCAUCCACUUCACCAGAACCUGAUUGGCGCCGCCAUUCUACCGUUUACUUCCGUUGACCCUUCAGAUUCUGGUCAAUAUGCCUUGGGACAGCAAAUUGAGAUCGGUAUUCGGUAAAGCUUGAUGUGUUACGUUACAUUCAACAGAUUGAACGAGUGCCUUUCUGUUUCAAAGGGUUGAUUUUUGGGAUAAUGGUGUCAAAAUUUUGCUUGAACGAGUACUGUCGCUCAACGACGUCGUUUGAAUGGAAACAAGGUUGGGGCUUGAAAUCAGGUGGAUUUGCUGCGCUCUGUUACAACUGCGGAUCUGCAUAUGAAAAGGUAGCUUUUUGCGAGACAUUCCACUUGGAUGAAUCUGGCUGGAGGGAAUGCAGAAUGUGUAGAAAGCGUAUUCACUGUGGGUGCAUCAUGUCAAAAUAUCUGUUUGAAUACAUGGACUUUGGAGGCAUUGGGUGUUUGAGCUGUACAAGGUGCUUGGGAGGUCACACUAUAUUUCCAGUACAGUAGUGAGAUCCAGGCGAAAGGGGCAGAAGGAUAAAACUUACUCUAAUGUAUGUUUAAAAACCCAACAAAGCAUGUUAUUGCAAUGGUUAAUGGUUAUGCUGGGACUAGCACUGUAAGGGCAUCUCCAAUAAAAACCCCAAAAAUCAGAUACCUAAUGAGGAUCCUCCUAGUGGUAUAUUCGCCAUGAAGAACAGUGCAGAUACACAUACUCUUCUUGUUGAAAAUAGAACAGAUCAAACCUUUUUUUGAAAACGGAAGGCUUUUGCAAUUUGGAAACAGUACAGAGAAAUCUGAAAAUGACAAAAUUAAACAAGAGGAAUCAAUAAUUCCUGCCAUGGAUGUCAGCAGGUUGUGCUUUUCAAACCUUAACCAGCAAUCUCCCAAAACUUCUUUACUUGAAAAGGCAGAAAGUUGCAUACCGAAUACGACACUUAAGGAUCAGCUAUCUCUAAAUUUCUUUUUGACCACACCCAUGGGCAAUUCAGGCUCUAUACUACCCAUUUCUUCUGGGGUUUCUCCAUUCCAACAAGGGCAGACAGCACACAAUAUCUUUCCAAAGGCCCCUAAAGCUAGCUCAAGUUCGGGGUUUGAAUCAAAAUGUGGAAUAUCUACACUGACAGGUGUUGCAAGGCCAUCGUCUGAAGGGAGGAGCAGUAAGAAUCAGUUCCUGCCUAGAUAUUGGCCCAGGAUUACAGACCAAGAACUGCAGAAACUAUCUGGAGACUUGAAAUCCAGUAUAGUGCCUUUGUUCGAAAAGGUUCUGAGUGCCAGUGAUGCUGGUCGGAUUGGUCGUUUGGUCAUCCCCAAAGCAUGUGCUGAAGCAUAUUUUCCAUAUAUUACCCAGUCCGAAGGAAUACCCAUAAGGGUGCAGGACGUAAAAGGGAAAGAGUGGAUAUUUCAGUUCAGAUUUUGGCCCAAUAACAACAGCAGGAUGUAUGUUCUAGAGGGCGUUACCCCCUGUAUACAGAAUAUGCAAUUACAAGCUGGUGACACAGUUACUUUCAGUAGAAUAGAUCCUGGCAGGAAACUAUUUAUGGGCUUCCGGAAGGCAGUGAAUUAUGCUGAAACACAGGAUUCUCAAAAUGCAACCAUUGCCAAUGGUGGAUGUUCUCCUGAAAGUCCAGAUUUUGCUCCCACUGAAAACUGUGCUACAAAUGUAGGAAAAGAAACUGAUGAUUCCUUGCAAAUAAAUGUGAUCGUUCCCGAAAAGAAAAUUAAGAAAACAGGGAGCAAAAAUAAGAGGCUCUUGCUAAACACUGAAGAUGCUAUAAAGCUGAAGAUCACUUGUGAAGAAGCUCGGGAUUUGCUCCGCCCACCUCCAAAUGUUAAUCCAACCAUUGUUGUGAUUGAGGACUGUGACUUUGAAGAAUAUGAUGAACCACCCAUUUUUGGAAAGAGGACGGUCUUCACCACUGCAUCAUCUGGGGAGCAGGGACAGUGGGCCCAAUGUGACAGUUGCUUCAAAUGGCAUAGGCUGCCUACACACGUUCUCCUUCCAGCAAACUGGACUUGUUCUGACAAUACUUGGGACUCAAACAGAUCUUCUUGUUCUGCCGCAAGUGAGAUGAAUAAAAAACAACUUGAUUCAUUCCAUAGAGCUUGCAACAAGGGAGAAACCAAAAGAGGAAGAGUCUCGGAAAGUGGCAAUGAUUGUGAGACUUAUGCUGGCCUAGAUGCGUUAGCAUGUAUUGCAGUGUUGGGAGAUGACAGCAUUGGCGGUGGUGGUGGUGACUUGGGGGCUAGCGAGCCUUCUACCACAAAGCAUCCUCGGCAUCGGCCUGGUUGCACUUGCAUUGUUUGCAUCCAACCACCCAGCGGGAAGGGCAAACAUGAUCCCACCUGUAAAUGUAUUGUUUGCUUGACCGUCAAACGCCGGUUUAAGACUCUCAUGCUGCGUAAGAAGAAGAAAAAAUCCGAACGUGAAGCAGAUAUUGUGCAAGAGAAGGAUAAAACUCUUCCAGACAUUGAUGUUUCUAUUGAUGGACCCAGUUUGGUGCAACAUGCGUGUUAUCCAGAGAAUGAUGACUAUCCAAACGGAGAUCGUGGGAAUAGCAAGGGGCAGUUGGACCUGAACUGCCAUCCUAAUGAGAGCCAGGCACCUGAAGGGUAGGGCAACAUACAAACAUAUACUACGUACUACGUAUGUGUUUACAUAUUCUUUCUAUCGAUUUGUGCAGGGUACGAGCAUUCCUUUUGUUUUUAGUUGGGUUUCCUGGUCUUGUAUGAAAGUUUACAUCAUUGUAUACUAUACUCUGUAUGAUGCGACACACAGCCCCUAUUGGUGUUAAAUUUUCUAGGUAGGAUUGCCUUCGUUGUAUUGUACAUGGGAAGUUGCUAACAUGGGGUCACUUUUGUCUUCCACUACGUGUUCAUUAUGAGAAAUCUCAUAUGAUUUAAUUUUGUAACUUGUUACGCG